AGGAUCCAGCGGCUCUCCCGAUCCCGGGAGGGCGGCACUAGGACCCGGCCUGGGCGGCGGCAGCGGCGCUGUCAGUAUCGGCGGCGAUAUCAGUAACGGCAGCGGUAUCGGUAUCGGAAGCGGCAGCGAUAUCAAUAUCGGCAGCGGUAUCGAUAUCGGCAGCGGUAUCGCGGCGCACUGCGGAGCCGAGCGGUCGGUGGAUCCUGCCGGGCCCGUUCAGCCGAGCGGCAAUGUGAGCCCCGGUCCCGGCCAUGGCCGAGCCCGCCGGAGGGGCCGGGCAUCCCCCGCCGCCCGCGGGGCGCAGGAGGUGAUGGACUCCCCAUGAACCCCCAGCAGGUGCUCGCGGGACGCCGGCGAUCACKGUGCGCUGAGGCUGGCACAGAGACAUGAGUGGCAACGCGAGCCAGCGCGCCGCCGCCCUGGGGGUCCUCUUUGCCCUGAUCAUGUUGCUGAUCAUCUACAGCUCCGGCAACGGGAGCGAGGUCUUCCCCUACAGCCGCCUGCGGGGCAGAGCCCGCCGGCCCCCCGACCUCAAGAAGUGGGGGGUGAAAAGCGGGUACCUGCCCGUCUGUGGGAACAAGACCCUGACUGCCCGGUGCCACCAAUGCGUCAUUGUCACCAGCUCCAGCCACCUCCUGGGCACCCACCUGGGCACGGCCAUUGACGGAGCCGAGUGCACCAUCCGCAUGAACGACGCUCCCACCACGGGCUACCACGCUGACGUGGGCAACAAGACCAGCUUCCGCGUGGUGGCCCACUCCAGCCUCUACCGCGUCCUCAAGCGGCCCCAGGAGUUUGUCAACAAGACCCCAGAGACCGUCUUCAUCUUCUGGGGGCCRCCCACCAAGAUGCAGAAGAGUCUCCUGAAGAUCAUCCAGCGCGUCUGCGCCUCCUUCCCCAACAUGACRGCCUACGUUGUCUCCCCCGGCCGCAUGAAGCAGUUUGAUGAUCUGUUCCGGGGGGAGACGGGGAAGGACAGGGAGAAGUCUCGCUCGUGGCUCAGCACCGGCUGGUUCACCAUGGUGAUCGCSGUGGAGCUGUGUGACGCCGUGCACGUCUAUGGCAUGGUGCCACCCAGCUACUGCGGCCACCACCCCCCGCCCCGCCGCCUGCCCUACCACUACUACGAGCCCAAGGGCCCUGACGAGUGCACAACCUACAUCCACAACGAGCGGAGCCGCAGGGGCAACCACCACCGCUUCAUCACYGAGAAGAGGGUCUUUGCCAGCUGGGCCGGCCUCUACAACAUCACCUUCUCCCACCCCAGCUGGACCUAGGGGCAGCCCCGUGCCCGCUGGGCAGACCCCUGGAGCUGGGGUGGGUGGGGGUUCCCCUGCAUCCCCCUGGGAGCAGUGGGAUCAGGCAUCAGGGUGCCACCAGCUGCCUCCCUCAGGACCACUMAUGUUGUACAGGGUGGCUCCUUGCACCUGGGCUUUGAGCUGGUUUUUGGGGGCCAGGUGAUGAAUGUAAGGUUUGGGGUGUCCCCCAUCCAUGUGCAGGAUACUUGGGCAYGAUAUCCUGCCCCAUCCUGGUCAGGCACAUUGCAGCCCCUGGGAGCCUACAAGGGGUUCCGGCUCCCCUCGGCUCAGUUUUGGGUUGCAUCACUUCUGGGGUCACCACAGAAAGUCCCACCGAGCCCCAGGGUGGGGAGAACCCCUCUUGGAUCUCAGCCCCCCUCUGCUAUCCCCAGCCCCCUCAUUCCAGUCCUCRGACAUCCUUCCCUCAGCAGAACCCCACAGUUUUUGGUGGGACCCCAUGGGGGUGACAUUGCCACCCUCCCUGUCCCAGCACCCCAAAAACACCAGCCUCUCCCAGCAUCGCUGCACCCCACACAGCCAGAACCUUUUCCAGCUGGAAGAUGGGAUUUUGGGCAGCUUUUGGGGGGUUUUGGCCUUUUUUCUCCCCGCUUCUAGUCCUGGGGUUUGUGCUUGGGUUUGCUGGACUGAGGAGCAAGCAGGGGCUGCUCGUUAGCUUGUAAACAAUUUAGAAGUGGACAGUUAGUGGGGGUUGGUGGUGCCUUUUGGACAAAACUUUGUUACUAAUUUCUCAGCAGCAGAUAAGUGAGUUUGGGGAAAACAACUAAAUACGACGUGUUUGGAUGCUGAGCCUUGGUAGGAAGCCUUUCCCUCUGGCUGUGGCUGGGGUUCUGGCGGCUUGGUGCUGGGGGAAGCAGUGGGGUGCCCACAUUUUGUAAUGGUUUGUACAGGAAUAAAUAUUGCUGCAGUCUGUUGCCUUGAGCCCUGGCUCUGGAUGGGUUUUUGGGGAUGAUGGCCGUGCCAUCAAAGGGAUCUCAGGACCCCCAGGUCACAGCAGUGCUGUCCCUGGGUGCUCAGGGGGGUGUGGGAAGGUGACCAGCACAUCCAGGUGGGAUCCACGUCCAGUCCUUGUCUGACACCAGCUCUGAGCCACCCCCACAGUGCAGGUGGCAGCUGAGACGUCCCCAGCUUGUGUCACCCCAGCCAGGUGCCCUAGGGUCACAGGAGACAGGUUCUGUGCAGCAGCAGAGGAGGAGGAAGGGCAGGGAAGUGCAAGGACUUGGAGAUCACUCAGUGUUUGCCACGGAAGGGAUUUGCCGUGAGAUGGGCACACAAGGGAGCAACAGGAUGGCACUGGCCCUGGGCCUGGUGAGGUCUGGUUGGCACAUCCUGGGUGACACAUCCCGACAGGGGCUCCCGUGGUGGCAAACUGGAGGGGUAACACUCACAUAUCACUGCUCAAACACCGAUCACCCCAAGUUACGGGACAGACAGCACCUGCAACCACCUGCCCAAUACACCUGAGACUUGUACUGUACAUCAAGCCAUCUAAGAGGAAUUUGAGAUAAAAUAAAGGUGGUGCUGUUGUUUGAGCACUAUCUCAGAUUAGGGGAUGGUAAACAAACGGAGGGAGAAGAAUGUAUCACCGAUAAUGGACACAAAGAAUCCACAAGGAACGCCAACCCAGCCACYGGGCAGGAAUCAGCUCCAGCUGGGUAAAAGGUAGUUCUUACAGGGGCAGAUUGUAACCACCGAUUCCAAGAGAAUGACUGAGCACGGGAUUAAUUAGCAUUAGAAGCGAGGGAAUCACUUAACCAAUAGAAUAAGAGAACUSUGUAGCCAAUGAGCAUUAACGCCUUCAUUUGUGAAAAUGUAUAAAUAGUGGAAAGUUUUCAAGAACCUCGGAASCCCCACCACCAUGAAGAUGAGGGUGAAGAAGGACCAACAGAUGCUGCAGGAUGGUGACGAUCUUCUCUUUGACCUCUCUCUCUCUCUCUCUCCCUCUCUCUUCCUAUCUCCCUCUUUUCUAUCUCUUUCUCUACCUCACAUUUUAUUGUUAAAUAAAAUCAGUACUAUUGGCUUUGGCAGAUGGCAUCCCUCACUAGGCA